UAUUUUUUAUUUUUUAGUUUCCGUCGCGUGCGACGGGAUGCGUCGGAGAAUGCGACGCGAACCCCGUUCCUCAUUUCCGUUCCCGACGCUUCUCUUCUUCGUCGUCGUCCUCCUCCUCCUCCUCCUCUCGAUCACCGUACGCGGCGCCUCGCCCGCGAAUCCCCAAGCUCAGGUGAGAUGCAGUAGAUCGUGCAUCGCCGAGAACUGCGAAUCUGUGGGGAUUCGAUAUGGGAAGUACUGUGGAGUUGGAUGGAGUGGUUGCCCUGGGGAGAAGCCUUGUGAUGAUCUAGAUGCUUGUUGCAAGCAACAUGACGAAUGCGUUGAGAAAAAAGGUUUGAUGAGUGUGAGAUGCCAUGAGAAGUUUAAGAACUGCAUAAGGAGGGUGAAGAAAUCAGGGAAAAGUGGAUUCUCCUAUGAGUGUCCAUACGAAAUCGCUAUGCCCACUAUGAUACAAGGCAUGGACAUGGCCAUCUUGUUUAGCCAACUGGGCUCUCAUAAUGCGGAAUUGUAGUUCCACCAUUAGACAGUCACCUUCAGAAAAGAAAAUUCUUUAGUGCGAAGGAAAAUUAGCAAUCUCCAUUGCUUUCACAUUUCCUUCAUCUUCACCUAUUUUUUAUCAUUAAUUUUAUAGUAUAUAUUAUCAUAUUUCUCAUCGUGGAUACCUGCACCAUCUUAUAUUACAUACGAGUAAAAAGGAGUGAACAAAACAUUUCUUUUUUUUUCUUUUAAUCUUCGAAUAAAGUAGAGAAAUAACUAAUAGAUAUCAUUAUCAAGUGGAUUUUAACGCUAAUCUGCUAUGGAUUAUUAUCAUCAAAGUGGUCGACCA